CCACAGCUUUGCCAAGGGGCCGGGGAGCCACGCCCCAUCUGCCCCCAGGGAAGAGCUUGUCCCUCAAGUUCCCCUCAGAAAGCUUGGGCCUUAGCCUGAGCAUCGAGGGAGCGUUGCUUCCUUGGGUCAGCGGCUGCGGCCCUGGACGUCGUCAGCAUAUUCCUGCCCCCCGGAAACGACAACGCGUUCCAAGAGCCGGCCCAGGAUGCAGCAUCCGGCUGGGGAACCUGUCCUCGGCCCAGGGCGGUGUGAAGGCUCUCCUGCCCUGGCCCUCCGCCCCCGCCCCGGUGCUGGAGAUCAGAACUUGUUCACGUCUAUCUACCCGACACUGUCUCAGCAGCUCCCGCGCGAGCCCAUGGAGUGGAGGAGGUCCUACGGCCGUGCGCCCAAGAUGAUCCACCUGGAGUCUAACUUCGUGCAGUUCAAGGAGGAGCUGCUGCCCAAGGAAGGGAACAAGGCUCUGCUGACCUUCCCCUUCCUCCACAUCUACUGGACGGAGUGCUGCGACACCGAGGUGUACAAGGCGACGGUGAAGGACGACCUCACCCGGUGGCAGAACGUCCUGAAGGCCCACAGCUCCUCAGACUGGCUGGUCGUGGUGGUGGAGAAUGACGCCAAGAGGAAGAACAAGACCAACAUCCUUCCCCGGACCUCCAUUGUGGACAAAAUAAGAAACGACUUUUGUAAUAAACAGAGUGACAGGUGUGUCGUGCUCUCCGACCCCUUGAAGGACUCUUCUCGAACUCAGGAAUCCUGGAAUGCCUUCCUGACCAAACUCAGGACCUUGCUUCUUAUGUCUUUUACCAAAAACCUAGGCAAGUUUGAGGAUGACAUGAGAACCUUGAGGGAGAAGAGGACGGAGCCCGGCUGGAGCUUCUGCGAGUACUUCAUGGUCCAGGAGGAGCUGGCCUUUGUGUUCGAGAUGCUGCAGCAGUUUGAGGACGCGCUGGUGCAGUACGAUGAGCUGGACGCCCUGUUCUCCCAGUACGUCGUCAACUUCGGGGCCGGAGAUGGCGCCAACUGGCUGGCGUUUUUCUGCCAGCCAGUCAAGAGCUGGGAUGGCCUGAUCCUGCGGAAGCCCAUCGACAUGGAGAAGCGCGCGCUGAUCCAGAGGCAAGAGGCCACCCUGCUGGACCUGCGCAGCUACCUGUUCUCCCGCCAGUGCACGCUACUGCUUUUCCUGCAGAGGCCCUGGGAGGUGGCGCAGCGCGCCCUGGAGCUGCUGCACAGCUGCGUGCAGGAACUGAAGCUCUUGGAAGUCUCUGUCCCACCUGGUGCGCUGGACUGCUGGGUGUUCCUGAGCUGCUUGGAGGUGCUGCAGAGGAUAGAAGGGUGCUGCGACCGGGCGCAGCUGGAUGCCAACAUCGCCCACACCGUGGGCUUGUGGAGCUACGCCACAGAGAAGCUCAAGUCUCUGGGCUAUCUGUGUGGACUUGUGUCGGAGAAAGGGCCAGACUCGGAGGACCUCAACAGGACGGUGGACCUCUUGGCAGGGCUGGGAGCCGAGAGGCCGGAGACAGCCAACACAGCUCAGAGUCCUUACAAGAAACUCAGAGAAGCAUUGUCUUCAGUAGAAGCCUUUGAGAAGCACUACUUGGACCUGGCCCACGCCGCCAUCGAGAUGUACACCAGCGUCGGCAGGGUGCGCUCGUCUCGGCUCGUGGGAAAGGACCUGGCGGAGUUUUACAUGAGGAAAAAGUCUCCACAAAAGGCGGAAGCUCAUCUUCAAGGGGCGUUGAAGACGUACCUGGCCGAGGGCUGGGCGCUGCCGAUCACGCACACGCGAAAGCAGCUGGCCGAAUGCCAGAAACUCCUCGGACAAGCUGAAAACUACCUGCAAACCAGCAGCCUCCUGGCCAGCGACAGCCACUUGCCUGAAGAGGAGCGGAAGCACUUCUGCCAGGAGAUACUCGACUUCGCCCGCCGGCAGACGGACGGCCCCGGCCGCCAACUUGUGCUCCCCAUGCACGCCUUCGCCCAGCUGCGGGAGCUGCGCUUCUGCCCGCCCAACGCCGUAGUGCACGCGGGUGGCAUGCUGGCCGUGGAGGCCACUGUGUGCAGCCGGCUGCCCAGCCCCAUGCUCGUGGAGCAGGUCGCCAUCAGCGUCCACUUCAGCAUCGAGAAGAACAACUACCGGAAGACGGCCGAGUGGCUCACCAAGCACAAGACUUCCGGUGGGGCCGUCAGCUUUCCCACGGAGCCCUCGCCGUCCCCCGCACCCCAGGGCAGCUGGCCGGCACUGGAGCUGGACGAGAUGUUUGAGAGGAGUCCCCCCGACAAUUCCUUGAGCACCACCGGGAUCAUCUGCAAGAAUGUCCACAUGCUCCUCCGGAGGCAGGAGAGCGGUACCCCUGGGGAUGCCCCGGCGGGCCUGGCUCUGGAGACGGGGGCCCACACGCUCAGGUGCAGCCACGUGACACUGCAGCCGGGUGCCAACCGCAUCACCUUCCAGACGCAGGCCCGUGAGCCAGGUACCUACACGCUGCGGCAGCUGAGCGCCUCGCUGGGCCCGCUGUGCUUCAUCCUGCCGCACCUCUACCCGCCCGUGCAGUACGACGUGUACUCACAGGAGCCGCAGCUGACUGUGGAGCCGCUGGCCGAGAGCCUUUUGGCUGGUAUUCCUCAGAAGGUCAAGUUCACCGUCACCACUGGCCAUUACACGGUGAAAAAUGGUGACAGCCUCCAGCUCAGCAACGCGGAAGCCAUGCUCGUCCUGGGUCACGCCGAGAACAGAGCCGUGGUUUACUCUAACGCACGAGAAAAGGCCUCCGAGGCGUUGCUCCGGGUCCAGGCGUCCGACAAGGUCACCAGCAUCAGCCUGCCUGCCGCGCCGGCUUACCAUGUGAUCGAGUUUGAGCUGCAGGUCCUCUCUCUGCCUUCAGCUCCAGCUGUUGCCCUGGAGAGGGGCCUGGUGGGGGCGGCUGAGCUCCCCGGGCAGCACAAGGACACGCAGGGUGCUGCCCCCGGCAUGGUGACCACGGACCACAAAGUGUCCAUUGACUGCCCCUGGUCCAUCUACUCCACUGUCAUCGCGCUGACUUUCAGCGUGCCCUUCAGAACCACGCACGCUCUGCUGUCGGCAGGGACUCGGAAGUACGUCCAGGUGUGCGUCCAGAACUUGUCAGGCCUGGACUUCGAGCUGUUGGAUGGCGACCUCGUGUGUGCCGGGCCCGGCCCCGACCUGCAGCUCGUGCUGCUGAACACACAGCCCCGGCAGCGCGUCCACAGCGGGCAGUCCGUGUAUUUCGUCUGGGAGCUGAGGUGGACGCGGGCACCACCCACCUCGCUGCAGUGCCGGUUCUCCGUGGGAUUCUCGCCGGCCUCGGAGGAGCAGCUGGCCGUCUCCUUGCGGCCGUACACCUACGAGUUCCACGUGGAAAACUUCUUUACGCUGUACGACGUGAAAGCUGCGAUCUCGCCUCCCGCGGGCGCGGAGCACUGUCGCACAGGCUCGCUCUGCUCCCUGGAGGUGUCUAUCACGCGGCUAUCCGACCUCCUGGAGGUGGACAGGGACGAAGCGCUGACCGAGUCCGACGAGUAUUUUUCGACUAAGCUGAUGUAUGAGGUGGUGGACAACAGCAGCAACUGGGCGGUGUGCGGGAAGAGCUCUGGCGUCAUCUCCAUGCCGCUGGUCGCCCGGGCCGCGCACAGAGUGCACAUGGAGGUGAUGCCCCUUUUUGCGGGCCACCUCCCGCUGCCCGACGUCAGGCUGUUCAAGUACCUCCCCCACCACUCCGCGCACUCCUCACAGCUGGACGCCGAUAGCUGGAUCGAGAACGACAGCCUCUCCGUGGACAAGCACGUGGACGACCAGCUGGACAGCAGCAGCGUCAAGAGCAGGGGCAGCACGCACUCGGCCGCCAGCAGCGAGCACAAAGGCCUGCCCAUGCCCCGGCUGCAGGCGCUGCCGCCCGGCCAGGUCUUCAACUCCAGCGCGGGCCUGCAGGUCCUGGUCGUCCCCAGCAAGGAUGACCACGUCCUGGAGGUCAGCGUCACAUGACCGAGCCUCAGGCGGCCAGCCCGCCAGCCCGGCGCGAGCCCCUGGAGGGGCCCGCGGACUGUCUCCCUCGCGACGUUCCAGCUGUGACCGGACUGUGGGUGCCGCCUGCCCAGAGAGGCACAGCCGAGUUCCGGCGCUGGUGUGUGUUGUCUGUGGUGUGGGGUGACCUGUUCUGUCCCCCUCCCCCGUCCCCACGCGGGUGUCCCGCCCCAGCAGCCUGCCGUUCGCCGGGCUUUGACGCACGUCCCUGUGUCUCAGACAGCGGGGCCUGCGUCUCCUCGGUGACAUGGGGGUGCCAGGCGGGGCUGUGAGUCUUCUGAGGGCAGAGCGCGAGCCGGUGCCCGGCUCUGGGUCGUGCUUCUCUGGAAUAACCCCUGUGAGGGCUCGGGGGAGGGUCUGAGGGCUAGGGUGGGGGCACCGACCCCUUCUGUGCCUUGGGAUGUCAGGCGGGGCGGGGGGCACCGUUCGCUGGAAUCGUUUGAAGGUACUUUACAGACAGACCAGGGCAGACCAGCGCCUCGGUCGGGGCUUUCGGGACGGUGCUGCCGGAGCCCCUCUCCCCGUGACGGUGGGCGAAUACCAUAUGCACUUGAAAUCAAAUAUAUUUAUUUUAGUUAUCAUUAGCGCCUGGGAGUUACUCUGUGGUGGUGGUUCCCUCUCACCUUUAAGUCUGCAGAUGUGACUGUAUGAGCAGUACUUUCUUUUGCACCUUAAGUCUUAGAAAUCAAGAGGUUCCAUUUGAAAUGCAGAUGCGAGGGGCCCCGCCUGUGCUCCUGGUCUGUCAUAGAGGGGGUUCGGGCACCCUCCUGGCCGUGCGCCGCGGCCGCGCCUGCCCACACAGGGACUUGCUUUGGUUGUAAAUUUAAUUGUACAUAUGGUCGAGUUAUUAUUUUUACAAGUACAGACUAACGGAUGUAAUGUUUAUGUAUAAGUUGCACCAAAAAAUCAAGGAUCAAAUAAAUGUGUUUGUUUUUACUGGCGAGCGAGUCACGGCUUGUACAUAAGUGUUGUGUGAACCAGCCCUGCCCGCGCUCCAGAGCCCCGCCUUUCUGUAGUGUGCAGUGAUGCUCCCGGCCCGCCUGCUCCGGGGAGGCGCCGCUCGUGGACCCCCUCAAGGGCGUGUGGCCUGGGCCUUGCUAACCGCUGACGCCCGGCUGCUCCCAGGGGCCAUGCCUAUGCCGGGUCGCCCAGGUCCAGGCGAGCGGAGCCCAGAGCCGCUCCUCUUGCCCGUGAGUGGCCCUGAACUCGUCCGCCAUGGUGGGGGGCCUGCUGUCCCAGGCCCUUUCAUUCAUAGAAGCUGGAGGCAUGUAAAGAAGGUAAAUACUUGUGUGUUCAAUGAACCCUUCCAGAAAGUUUCCUUAGGUGCAGUUUAAAACAAAUACACUUAGCCAACUAGUCAGGCAAACUAGAGCCAACGACUCCUUGAAAGACGGUCCAGGUUUCCUGUCAACACUGGCGAUGGCCCUGCAGGUGUGCCUGGCCCGCAAGUACUCGGCCUCUGCGGCGGCAGCCAUCGGGGCGCCUCUGGCCCGAGUGUGGCCUCCACCCAGGGGCCCCCUCUGGGGCUGGCCCCGUGGCCGCUUGCCAGGCGGGGCUGUGGUCAGUGCUCAGCUUAUUUCUGUUUGGUUUGCACGUGUGUCUGGAUGCCACCCCAGGAUGAAACGCCCUCUUGGAAAUUUAGAGGGUCUAGAAAUGUAGCGGGGGCCCCAAAUGUUCGUGGUUUCUUACUGUCUAGAAAUUGAAUGAAAUCAGAUUUAUCUCUCCCUAAUUACCCACAAGGUCUUCUGUGAAUGGGUGCCUCUGCGGUCUUUGUUUUUUGACAAAAGAAUGUCACCUAAAACUUUGUCAUUUUUGAUUAAAAGACUAAUUGGAUUUUUGUUGUGUUAAAACUACGUGUCUGGGGUGGAAAUGCAGCGCCGGGAGAGCUGGACCAGGGAGGAGCGCGCCUCUCACAGCGCGGCCGUGGCGCAGAUGUCCGGGCACUUGUCAAUAGUAAGAAACGAAAAAGAAGAUGAGGUAUAAUUUUAGUGAAUUUCACGGGGUCGCCUGUGAUUGGAAAAAUUAUAACUUCUGAUUCUCAUGUGGAAUUGCGGUCCUGUACCUGAAACGCCUCCCCCUCCCGACCCGGGGUCUCACAUCCUGGGCGGUCCUGUUGCGGGUUGGUCAGAGGAGACGCCCCUGGAGGAAACACAGGCUCCCGUUCAGUUUUUCUUUAGGGUUUCAAAUUCAGUUGCAAAAUGAAAUCAAACACUCGGGCUGUGUAUAUAAAGUGAAAAGUUACUUUUUAUAAAGGAACAAAUAGGCUGACCUAAAUGUUUUAUCGUGAACUGUGAUCUUUAUAUCCUCCAUGAUUUCAAAUUUUCUUUUUUUGUAAAGAUGUCCCUUUCUCUGAAUUCAUUCAUCCUGUGUGGACUGAAAGACUCGGGGGCGGGGGCUGCUGGAUUCUGGGCCUGGAAAGGGGGCAAGGUGGGGCUUGGGUGCUGCAGGUGUCACUUCCGUUUUCAUGGUUUACUGUGAAAGUCAUUUCUCACAUCAUUCUGUAACAUACUGUUAGAUUACAGCGUUGUAUUAAGACUUUCAAAUGUAAGUAUAAUCUAAAAAUACACAUUUUAA